AUGGGCAGCAUCGAUUGCAUGCACCGGGAGUGGAGGAACUGCCCGGUGGCUUGGAAGGGGCAGUUCACUUCUGGUUUCAAAGGGCAACAUCCCACGAUGAUCCUUGAAGCCGUUGCUGACUACCGCUUGCGAAUCUGGCAUGCGUAUUUUGGUGUCGCUGGGUCGAACAACGUCAUCAACGUUCUACAAUCAUCGCAUCUCUUCAAUGAUGAGUCCCGGGGUGAGGGUCCGCAAAUCAGCUUCGUGGCCAAUGGCACGCAGUACAACAGGGCAUACUAUUUGGCCGAUGGAAUAUACCCUCGCUGGCCCGUGUUUGUCAAGACGAUCCGACAACCAGUUGGGCCGAAGCAGACCUAUUUUGCAAAAAAACAAGAGGGUGCUAGGAAGGAUGUGGAGCGGGCUUUUGGAGUCCUCCAAUCGCGAUGGGCCAUUUUACGGUGUCCGGUUCGACAAUGGCACGAAAAUGAUGUCGCAGACAUCAUGACUGCGUGUAUCAUAUUGCACAAUAUGAUAAUAGAGGAUGAAGGCGUUACUGCAGAGCGUUGGGCACCGGAAGAUGGUGCUAGCACAAGUCAUGGUAUUGCAACCCCUCCUCUGCAGAUGGGUGUACCACGCAGUAAUGAAUACUUGAUUCAGCGCUUCACCAAUAUGCGGAGUGAGAUAUCACAUUCAACACUGCAGGCUGAUUUGGUUGAAGAGGUCUGGAACCGUAGAGGAGGGGGCUGA